ACUUUUGUAGUACAUAAACCGAAGACUUCAUUACUAUUCCGACAUUGUCGCAUGUUGAAUGGCAAAGUACAACAAAUUUCGAAAAAUCGAAGGUAAAUCACAUAAAACACAAAUUACUUUGUAAUCUUCAGUAUUACGCAUUGAAUGUGUGUUCGUGAUCGAUAAGUGUGAAUGGUUUUAUUUCUUCUUUGAAUGCGACCGAAUCGGAACAGCCGUGUCGUUUGCUGCUAAACAAAUUCAGUCAUUAUCAGGAGUGCUGGUUAACCGAUUUAAAUCUGGCGCACAAAUAAACGAAGGAAAGAAAGAAAAAUAUUUCGUUUUGCAAAAGAAUCAACAAAACAAAUUUGUUCGAAUAAAUUUUAAGUUACUCUUUCUCUCGUGAGUGUGUGAAAAUAUUUCGUUUAUUUGCCGUGCGCAGUGUGACAUUUUUUACAAUAAUAAAAAGUCGCAGAAGAAAACAACAAAAAAAAAUGCUAAAAGUAGAAUGGGCACCACUAAAUGUACCGCUUCGCCGGCGUUUACAAACUAUCUCCGUUGCGAUCGAAAUGUUCUUGGUAGUACUCGGCAAUGUUGCUGCCCUAAUUGUAUUCGGUUUGUUAUUGUUUAAAGGAAAUACAGUCAUUCGAGUGCUGUGCGUCGUGUAUAUGGGUUUCAUGUACUAUGAUAGAGAUGCCGGUAAAAAUGGAGGCCGUGGUUUCGGGUCUCAAUGGUUUCGCAGCCUAACGAUUUGGAGCUAUUUUGUUGAAUAUUUCCCCAUCGACUUGGUAAAAACUGUGGACAUCGAUGCCAACCAAAACUACAUUUUCGCCAUGUUUCCACAUGGUGUGCUGAGUUCCAGUGCCUUUGGCAAUUUCAAUACGAAUUAUUCGAAAUGGAAAACCUUAUUCCCGGGCAUCCGAUCAAAAAUAAUGACGCUCGACUUUCAUUUCUACGUGCCGUUGUUCCGAGAAGUUGUGCUUGCUUGGGGCAUGGGAUCGUGUGCAGCUCAGAGUAUUAAAAAGCUGCUGAGACAAUCGAAUGAUAUUAAAAGCGAGGAAAAUAGAGACGGAUAUACAUCGAAUGCUGUGCUGAUAUUUGUUGGAGGUGCUCAAGAAGCUCUUUACUGCCAUCCACGAAACUACACCCUUGUUCUGAAGAAACGCAAAGGUUUUAUUAAAUUGGCAAUAGCAACCGGCUCAUCGUUAGUACCAUGCAUAUCCUUUAACGAAGUGGAUAUAUUCGAUCAGCCGGCCAAUCCGCCCGGUUCAAAGAUGCGAAAGUUUCAAGACUAUAUUCGCAGUGUUACUGGUGUAACACCGGUUUUGUUCAAUGGCCGCGGCUUCUUCCAAUACUCUUACGGCUGGCUACCGAAACGUCGUGCUAUAACAACCGUUGUUGGAUCGCCCUUGGUUGUUGAAAAGAAUGAAAAUCCAUCACCGGAACAAGUCGAUAAAUUACACGAUCGGUUUUGCGAACAUUUGAAUGAUUUAUUCGAAACGCAUAAGGCUAAGUACAUUGAGGACCAUGAAGAAGUUCAUUUGAAUAUUAUUUAGGGCGGCUGUGAUGGAUUCAAUUAUACCAAAAAUUUACAUUAGUUCGUUACACGAUCGUUUUUUAAGUAAAAAAAAAUUGUUAGUAAAUAUAGCCUAUAAGUUAAACGUAAUUUUGUACAUUGAACAUCCGUUUUGUAUACCAAAAAUUCUUCUUAAUUGCGUCGUAAUUAAAACGAAAAUUAAGUGAAAA